UAUGCGUGUAAAUAUGUACGUAGCGUACCUACCUAUUUUAUUCUAUUAAAUCUCUGUGUUCAGAAAAAUAAAAUUUGAACAAAUAUAAUUCGAUACCUACCUAUAAUAAAUAGUUCGUGAUCGUGAUAUUUUAUGAUAAUUGAUAAGAAAAAUAAAUGAUAACCAAACGUCGCCCCAGUCUGUCAUAUUAUAAUAUUCGGUCCAUAGACAUUAGACAUUACAACAAAGUCAUAACUUAUAACUAACUUAUAAGGUCUAUCGGUCUAUGAUUCUGUCGGUCAGUCACUCAGUCUUUGGCCUUUGCCCAAGUGUCUCCUACUCUCUUACGCAGUUACGCGACACGCGAUUGAUAAUAAAUAAAUUGCUCUUGAGAUGUCUCUAUAAUAGAGUAUAGACGCUAUGGACCACGGCCAUAUAGAUACGUAUAAUACUAACUGAAGUUAACUACAAAACAAAAUAGGUGUUAUGUCCAUAAAAGAGAUGGAUUCUGUAACACAUGUUAUACCAUGGAGAAAUGGUCAAAAGCAAGUUUUGAAGUUCAACGGAUAUAAACCUAAAAUAUAUACAAACAGCUGUUAUACUCACAGUUUUUUUGAAGUACUACAAUGUUUACGAAAUGAAGAAGUGUUAUGUGAUAUUAGGUUAGAAACAGAUGAUGGUACUAUAGUAUGUGCGCAUAAAGUUGUCUUAGUAUCAGCUUGUCCAUAUUUCCGUGCAAUGUUCACCAGUUUUUCCGAAGGGGCUAAAUAUGUUGUAAAUAUAAGAGAGUUAGAUUCUAACAUUCUACAACUCUUGAUUGAUUAUAUUUAUACUGGCAAAAUAAUGGUGACCGAACAAAACGUAAUGGAUUUGUUACCAGCUUCAGUGCUCUUACAGUUGGAUUAUAUAAGAGAUGUAUGUGUUGAGUUUUUAAAAAAACAACUGAAUCUUUCAAAUUGUCUUGGUAUCAAAGAAUUUGCCGACUUUUAUAACUGUAUGGAUUUGUUGUCAAGUUCUGAAGAAUACAUAAAAACACAUUUUUUAAAAUUUAUUGAAACAGAUGAGUUUCUAUCUUUGUCUUCUGAAGAAGUGAUUAAUCUAAUCUCUUGUAAUGACAUUAAUGUUCCAUUUGAAGAGAAAGUAUUUGAAUGUGUUAUUAAUUGGGUAAGACAUGAAUUAGAUUGUAGGUAUGACAAUUUGCCUAAAUUAAUGGAACAUGUUCGUUUGUCGUUAGCAUCCCAAGAGUAUAUAUCAAUAAUAGUAGACGAGGAACCUCUUAUUAAAAAUAAUCCUAAAUGUAAAGAUUUUGUCAAUGAAGCUUUAAAUUUCCAUAUCGUAAAGAAACAUCGGCACAUUACUGUGCCACAAACAAUUCGUAACUCACCUAGACAGACUGGACUUAAAUUUCUUCUUGCCAUGUGUCAUUCAUCAGGAAUGGGAAAUUGUUAUACUAGCUGGUAUGAUCCAGCAACCAAACUAUUGCAUAAAACAAUAAAAAUGAAUAUGGAGUUUGAAUUAUGUGCUCUAGUCUUAAUAAAGGAUCAUUUAGUUUUUGCCUUGGGCAAUAAUUAUAUUAAUUUAAUAUCCAUUGAAAUGCUUGAUUUAUCUUCACAAUCACUUCAAUGGAAACCAACAGUUGACAUGUUAAUCGAUCGAAGUUUUUACGGAGUCGGCGUCUUAGACGAUCGCAUUUAUGCUGUGGGCGGAGACAUUAUUGGUGAUUCUCAGUUAAAUAGUGCAGAGGUUUUUGACGUGAGUGUUCAAGAAUGGCGCUUUAUAUCUAAUAUGUCUACUGGAAGAAUGAACCUCGGCGUUGCAGUACUCAAUAAUCUUUUAUACGUGGUAGGAGGUUAUAACUACCCAUUUGCUUUGAAAUCUGUUGAAUGUUAUGAUCCCACCCUUGACAUAUGGAUACCAGUCACAGAAAUGUCUACAAAUCGCCGAGGCCCUGGUAUAGGAGUCUUAGACGGUGUUAUAUAUGCUAUCGGUGGUGACUGUCAGGAAUAUGAUAAUUCAGUGUAUCUUAAAAGUGUUGAGGCCUAUACACCAAUUACUAAAGUAUGGUCUUCAAUUGCCGAUAUGCACCUAUGCCGUUCCGAUCCAAGAGUUGUCACAUUUAAUGGUUUGUUGUAUGUUAUGGGCGGAUUUAACGGAUCUACUCGUUUGGACUCUAUUGAAAUAUACGACCCCAAAACCAACACGUGGACCUUGGAUACAUUGUCAACAAGCGUUGAGGUAAUUUAUGGUGCAGUUGUCGUCGAUGGGUCACCACAUUUGAGAACUGAUUAGAUUACAUGGUUUUAUUGUUGGUUGUUGUAUACUAUAUUCAUAUUAAUUUAUAAGUUAUAAUACAUGAACAUGUGUUAAGUAUUUUUUAUAUUUUUGAUUUUGUGAAUCUUUCAAUAAAAUGGCUUUUUAUAAU